AUGAAGCUGAUCAGUUCUUUCCCCAGACGAAAAACGGCUGUCUUAACGCAGCUGCGUACCCGACGCCUCCCUCUGAAUCGACACCUCCACCGCAUUGGAAAACGCGACGCUCCGCAGUGCGAAUACUGCCCGGACCGAGAUGAAACCGUCAGACACUUCCUCUUUACUUGCCCUCGUGGGGGGCGAGCUCGUCAGGCUCUCAUGUGCACGCUCGGUCGAGAGGCUUUCUCAGAAGCCUACCUACUCAAAAAACCCUCCGGAAUCAAUGAAGUUAUGAAAUUCGUAGACCAGACCGGGAGACUUAGGUCUACAUUCGGUUCGGUACGUCACACGCUAUAUUCAGGAAAAUAA